AACACUGGAGCUGCAGCCUCGUAACGAGCUGCUGGAGCUCAGUCCGUGGGAGGGGUCAUGCAGACCUUCCUCUCUAAUUGACCACAGGGAGCAGAAGCGGCAGCAGCAGCAGGCGGGUGAUGCGACGUCGAACCACAGCCGCGGACACAGAAGUGGACGCAUGUGGGGUUUCGACUCGUCUUUGGGGGUGAAACCCAGUCCGUGUUCAGAUGGCCGAUGUGGAACUGUUUAACUUUGAUCAGUCCGACGCCUCCCGGAUUGUGGCGGAGAUCAGCGGCGGAGGUAAGUGUCUUCAUCCCCGCGGAGGAGGAGGAGGAGGAGAGGGAGAAGAGCGUUCAGCACCAUGGACAGCGCCGCGGAGCGCGGCGCGGAUGCAGGAGGAAACAGAAACAUGUUUCACCCGCUGCAGAGAUGAUGAGGAUGAGGAUGAAGAUGAUGAUGAUGAUGAUGAUGAUGUGCAGCUCUUAGAGACAAAUCCCCAAACCUGCACACCUAGUCAGAGCUCCCAAAGUGAGGAAGAGGAGGAGGAGGAGGAGGAGGUGGUAAUGGAGGAGGAGGAGGAGAUCCCGGAACUUUUUUUGCUCUCCGAUGAAGACUUGUCCUCUGACGGCUCCGAGAAGUCUGCGGAUUACGGCUUCAUCAUCGCGGUGAGCUGCCUGGUCACCGGCAUCUCUCUCGUGGCCAUCUCCUACACGGUGCCCAGGGACGUGCGCGUGGACCCGGACAGCGUCUCCGCGCGGGAGAUGGAGCGCCUGGAGCGGGAGAAAGCCCGAGUCGGCGCCCACCUGGACCGCUGUGUCAUCGCGGGACUGUGCCUGCUCACGCUGGGCGGCGUGCUGCUCUCCACGCUGCUCAUGGUCUCCAUGUGGCAGGGCGAGAUGAUGAGGAGGAAGGCGUUCGCUUACUCCAAACAUGCGGCCAACAAGUUGUACGGCUCCAUCAACCUGAGAGCGGCGUCCAGUCCGAAUCGGGAAUCCUGUUCACAUCUGUCAGCGACGGAGGAGGAUUUGGAGGUUGUCAGCUGAGUUUAUGGACAGAGUGAGACUCUGAAGUGUCCCCACUAGUCCCUGCCAGUGUCCUCCUACAACUGAGGAUCUUUAAAGUCUGAGGAAACAUUUUCUCUAUUAAAGGAUAAAUUCACCUUUUUUUUGUCACAUUUAUUUUACCAUUCCAAUUUCAUUUCAGUUGAAUUAUAUACUGUAUAUGCACAGUCUUUUUCUGGUUGGAUAUGUGUCGGAAGAAGGUCUUCUGCACGAGUUAUCAAGAGGAUUUAGUGACUGUGACUGUGGGCAGAGGGACACUGCAGUCCUCUGCUAAUGUUUCAAUGUUAACGACUAAAACAACUAACUAAAAACCUACGUAAUCAAUGUUUUCAUUCAAUAACUGCUAACGUUACCUUUAAUAGUCCAAGUUUCUCCUUAAGGACAGCUGUCUUAUAUUUUUUAGUGGUAAAUUGUAAGAGACACUUACAGGUGUACGGACGUACAGGCAAUUCAGAUGAGUUCAAAUCAGCUCAGUUUAUUUCAGUUAUACAUUCAAGUCAGUUGAAAUGAUUGAUCCAUUAUGAAAAAAAUUAAAUACCUGGAAUACAUAUAUAGUGACAGCUUUGUGCACGCUUUAUGAAUUUUCAAAUUUAAUAAUAGUAAAGCACAUUAUUAUUAUUUCUUGAUUAAGACGUCAAAUGAUAGUUAUUUACUUGAAUUCCUGAUUCAUUUUGACUUCUCAGUGAGCCGACUCACUUACUCUGAUGUUAAUGUAUUUUCUACAAAUUAAAUCUCGACAAAACACAGGCUUGUCAACUGAAAAUCUGGUGAAUCUGUUGCUAGAAAUAUGUAAAAGGUGACUAAUCUGUAGAAGAAUCUAAAAUAUAAAACAUAUUCUGCAAAGAAAAAAAACACUGAAUGACAACGUUUGAGUGUGCAGGUGCACAGUUUGUGUCGUUGGAUGCCACAAUAGCAUUAUUGUCAUUAUUGCUUAAAAAAACACGAUUCUUAAUGUCCAAGUGUCAAAAUCACAGCGCAGUUUAUUCCUGCAGCACCAGCAUCUUCAUCUUUAAAAUAAUCUCAAUUCAAAUGAACGAAGAUGCUGUUUUUGUUUGUUUGGUUUGUUGUUUUCCCGCAGGCUUAAAGAUGAUCUAAAUUAAGCCAUGAUCAAAUAUUCUGAAGUUACAGAGUCUUUCAAGAAAACAGUGACCAGGGAAACAAAGACACACAACAACAGCAACAGUGGACAACACCCACUUCAUGAUUAUGACUCAGACUGCAGGAAGCCUUGUUUUAACUUUAGAUAAAUACUGUGUCAAAAUGAAUGCUUUAAAAUGAGUGGAUCUUUGUCCGUUUAGAAUCAGAUGAAACUGCAAAGAAUAUUGACUGGUUAUUGUUACAUUCACAUUGUUAAUAAAUCAUUUCAAUUUGA